AGUUUGUUUUCCAUUAGGAGCGACGGUCACAUUAACGCACCAAAAUACAAAUUGUUUUGUUUAUUUGGUGCUAUAAACGUGAGUGGCCAAUGAAGCAUCUCCUGGAGGACCCGUUGGUCCUGGCCGACCUGCAGCCGCUGCCGGAAAAGACCGGUAUUGUGGAGGAUCGACAGGAGGCGGCCAGGAAUCCUGCAGCAAACUUCGCGCCCCUUGAGGGAUUGCCCGAUUCUGGGGAGGAUUCGCAGCGAGAGGACACGCUCUGCAAGUUGGCCUGCAGCCUGCACAAGCUAUCCAAGGACGAUCACAUAGUCAUCGAUCGAAAGCGCAAUCAGGUGAUUCGCACAGAUGCAGUGACCCAGCAGAUGACCAUUUACCGCUGUCCGGAUCCCGCUGCCAUGGGAAUCCGUCCGGCCACGGCAAAAAAUGCCCACAAUCCGCCUGCUAAAGUGGGAAGACCCCUGAAGAGAGCCAGCCCAAUGAUUGCCACAACUCCCGCGCCCAAAAAACAGCCGCCGGCGGAGGAGAAACCUGCCGCUGCUGAGCCACACCGCACUCGUUCCGGUCGCCAGGUGCGCAGCUCAAUGGCACAGCCAGCUCCUGUGAUCAGUGGCUCCCCUGUGGAGCCCAGUUCUGCUCAGAUGUUUGAGAUGCUGGUUGCAGAUUUGCGUGACAAGGACUACCGGGCACCCAUGCCCGAGCCGAAGACAAACGGCAGCAGCCAAGAACCUGUCCCAACGCCCACACCACGCGCCGUUCCCAAGAAUGCCAUUUGCCCCGGAUGUGGGAAGAUAUUCCUGGGUCGCCGACUGCAGCGUCACUUUGUCAAAUUCCCGGAGCACAUGCCGCGUCUUGGCGAGCAGCCGCCAACUGCUGCAGCAGGAGCGCCACCCACCUCCACGCCUUCGCUUUUUGGCCUUCUUACCGCCCAACUUCAGCGGCAUUCGCAUCUCAGCGAGGAGCAGCGCUCCGAUCUCUUCCUAAACGAACUGAAUGACUUUGUGGAGCAACUCCAGCUGCGUAGCCAGCGGCUAAUACGGAAUACCUCAGGACUGCACUUUGUGAAUGCUCGGGUUGCACGAGUUUUGGGCAUACCCGAGGGUCAGUAUGCACUGGAUAUGUCUGCCAUGGAAUCGCCGCAGGCUCCCAUGCCGGAGCCAGAGGGUGGAGCUCUGGUUGCCGGUGGCGUCGGUGGCGGAGCCCGUAAUCUGGUGGUCUACGCCGAGUUGAGCAUGUCGCUGGACGAUCCGCUCACGGACGAGGCUGCGCAGCGACUGAAUCUGUCCGCGGGCGGGCAACUUCAUCCGCCGUCGGAGGAGAGCCUACUCAGGAAUGUCAGCGAUCUCAUGCAGCCGCCGGUGGCAGCUGCUCCUCCGACUGUAAAUCAUGGAUACGAUCAUGCGAGCGACAAUGCCGUGGAGGCCCUAACCAUGAAGGAAACGCCCAACGCGGAAGCCAUUCUAGAUCUCAACGUGGACUUCUUCCAGUUCAAUCCUAAUUAGUCAUGACAUUGCAUUUUUAGGGUUAGCCAAGAUCUGUGAAAAGGUUGGUGUUAUUUAUCAUUUCUUAUUUAAACUGAAAAUGAGAUAAUCAAAUGUAGGCAAACUGGAUUUUUGGUUCCUAACACUAGAAUCAAUUAAAAAUACAACAUUUUUAACUUCUGAAUUUUUAAACUUGAAAGAGAUACUGAAAUUUAAUUGUUUUUUUAAGCAACAAAAUUUAAUAUAACAUGCAGUGAUAUAAAAAGUUAAAAAAAUGUUAUUUUCAUAUGCAUAUAUUUCUGAAUGAGUUACUGAAAUUUAAAAUUUGCAUUAAAUUUCUUUCCCUGAAUUAUCUUUUCAAAGAAAAUGGAAAUGUAUUAUGUAAAUAUACAAAUAUGUUGGAUAAUUUUAAAGUUUUUAUGUUUACAAAAGUUUAAAAUUCUAAACGUUUGAUUGAAUGAAAGCCAUUGAAGAAGAUUAUGAAAUGUUAUUCGGUUAUUUUUAAAAAACGAUACAUGUAAUAUUUUUAAUGCUAGCGUAUAAUCCACAUAUAUGAUUUGCUUAAUGAAUGUAAUCGGAAAUUUGAAUAAUGUUUUUUUUUAAUGAAUGAACAUUUGAAGAGGAUACAAAUGGUUUAUGUAAAUACAUAAAUAAGAGAUUAAUUAUUUGUAAGAUAUAUUUUGUAUUUUUCUUGAAGAUGAAAAUUGAAACUAUAUGAAAUACUUGUAUGCGCACGUACCAUCAAUGAAAAUGAAAAUAUCUUGCAAUAAAUCGGACCAUGCUAAUGGAUGAGUGGCCAAUAAUG